ACUCAUUUCCCAGUCGUUCGUCAACGUAAAUUGUUGUAAAAAAUUCAAAGAAAAUAAUAAAUAAACUACAUAUAUUUAACAAAAAACUUACACCACAAGAAACGUUCUCUUUUGGCAGUUAAAUUUCUUGUAAGCUAUUUCAAAAUCAAUAACGGAAAAAUGAAUGCGACCGAGGGACAGAGCCUAGUCAUUAAGAUGGCGCAGAAGAACAAGGAGACUCAAACUGUGAAGCUGGGCGGAUGGUUCGGCGCGCCCUUUCAAGCAGCAAGCUACACCAGCCUCAUCCCCCAAACGACGUGUCAAUUCUACAUGGACCGUGAGGAGGAGCUCUACCGUCGUGCCUGCCAGAUGAAGGGCAUACACGUGCAGCGCGGUGACGAGCUGCGGGAGGACGAGGACCCAGGCUCCGAUGGGGAGCCCUCAAAGGUUAUCUAUCGCUAUACUUUGGACGAGAUGAAAAGCUACAAUCCAUAUCGUUUUAUAAACUUUUAAGACGAGUAAUCGCGGUUGCCGCGAACAACACACUCAAAUCCAAGGACAGUUGUUUCUUAAUCUUAGUUUUUAUUGGGUUUCCGACCACGACAGAAACCCUUUCACAAUACAUACACUAAAAGAGCAGCGAAGGAAAGCUUUGGUAAUAUGCAAACUUCAAUAUUGAUAUACACACAUAAUGCAUGUUCAUGUUCAGACAAACAGACACUCCAAUUAAAAAGCUUUUACUCCAGACAAAA